AUGGCGAAUGCAAUAUUGAACAUGCUGGCUCAUUGCGCAUUCGGCAUGAGCUCCAGCGUAUCGAUCCACGAUACGGUGAUCGAGAGAAGGCCGUACCAUAAGAACUGUGAGUGUGCGCUUCACAAACUAAAAUGUAACUGUUCUCAUAUUUCGUAUGCACAGACGAACUUAUCGUUUUCUUCUCACCAAAAGUUUUUCACCACUUUACUUUUCAAGUCUUGCUUUUCAAUAGUAGAUUUUAGAGAUUUUUGCAAAACAACAAGCCGCUAG